ACCCUUCAUUUAUUUCAAAUUCAAACGGAACCCCUUCAUCAUUGGAAUAAACAAGCCCUUCCGUCUGCCCCCUGAAACUGCCACCACGCGCCCUCCACCUUCCGCCCCCCUCUCUUUUUCUCUCCUUUUUCUCAAUCUUUUUAACAAACAGUUUGUGGGCAAUACGGAAGGGAGGCGAGCAAAAUGCGGUUUCUUCUCGUUCUGUUUUUCCUCGUCCACUUGCGUUUCCGCCACUUCGCCGCCUCGGUCCACGACGGCGAAGGGCGGAGUUUGCCGGAGUACCGUGCUUUGCUGUCUGUGAAGGCGGCGCUCACUGAUGAAUCUCAGGCGACGCUCGCCUCCUGGCUUGCCUCCACCUCUCACUGCACGUGGCAAGGCGUCACGUGCGACUCUUUCCGUCGCGUCACCUCUCUCGAUAUCUCCAGUCUGAACCUCUCCGGCGUCCUCUCUUCUGACGUCAGCAAUCUCCGGUUCCUUCGCAACCUCUCCGUUGCCUCUAACCAGCUCUCCGGUCCGGUUCCUCCGUCCAUUUCCUUCAUUCCUAACCUCCGUUACAUCAACUUCUCCAACAACGUCUUCGGCGGGCCGUUCCCCCCGCAGCUCACCCGCAUGCGCAAUCUCCAGGUUCUCGACCUCUACAACAAUAAUAUGACCGGAAACCUCCCGGUCGAGGUCUAUGAGUUGCCGAACCUCCGACAUCUUCACCUCGGAGGCAACUACUUCACUGGUAGCAUCCCGCCGGAGUACGGCCGGUUUCAGAUGCUGGAGUAUCUCGCGGUUUCCGGGAACGAGCUCGUUGGCGUGAUUCCUCCGGAGAUCGGAAACCUCACGAAGCUUCGAGAGCUGUACGUUGGCUACUACAACGCCUUCACCGGAGGGAUUCCUCCGGAAAUUGGGAACCUAUCUAGUCUCGUUCGCUUGGAUGCAGCAAACUGCGGCCUCACCGGCGAGAUUCCUCCUGAAAUGGGGAAGUUGCAAAACCUGGACACGUUAUUUCUGCAAGUGAACGGUCUCACUGGCUCGUUAACGCCGGAGCUAGGUUUUCUGAGGAACUUGAAGUCCAUGGAUCUGUCCAACAACAUGUUCUCCGGUGAAAUACCCUCCACAUUUGCGGAGCUCAGAAAUCUCACUCUUCUGAACCUCUUCCGGAAUAGGCUUCACGGAUCAAUACCGGAAUUCAUCGGAGAUUUGCCCCAAUUGGAGGUUCUGCAGCUAUGGGAAAACAAUUUCACCGGAAGCAUUCCACAGGAGCUGGGUAAAAACGGUAAGCUUCAACUGCUCGACCUUAGUUCUAACAAAUUGACCGGAACUUUACCCCCAAAUUUGUGUUCGGGAAACAACUUGCAGACCAUAAUUACUCUAGGAAACUUCCUGUUCGGUCCUAUUCCUGAAUCUCUAGGCCAGUGCCGAUCGCUGAAUCGAAUCCGAAUGGGCGAGAAUUAUCUCAAUGGUUCCAUUCCUAAGGGGCUUCUGAGCUUGCCCAAUAUAUCCCAAGUUGAACUCCAGGACAAUCUCCUCACAGGCACAUUCCCGGAGACGGAUUCAGUAUCCUCCAGUCUCGGGCAGAUAAGCCUUUCGAACAAUCAACUGACAGGUCCAUUGCCUAAGAGCAUUGGAAAUUUCGUUGGUGUCCAGAAGCUUCUUCUUGACGGAAACAAAUUUUCUGGACACAUUCCGGCAGAAAUUGGAAAAUUGCACCAGUUGUCUAAGAUGGAUCUCAGCCUGAACAGCCUAUCUGGUGCCAUCGCACCAGAGAUUAGCCGAUGCAAGUUGCUGACAUUUGUUGAUCUCAGCCGGAACCAGCUAUCUGGUGAAAUCCCGAUGGAGAUUACAAGCAUGAGGAUAUUAAACUACUUGAACCUGUCCCGAAACCACUUAAUUGGGAGCAUUCCAUUGCCAGUUGCCUCUAUGCAGAGUUUAACUUCAGUGGACUUUUCAUACAACAAUCUCUCGGGAAUGGUUCCUGGAACUGGCCAGUUUAGUUAUUUCAAUUACACUUCAUUCUUGGGUAACCCGGAUCUCUGUGGCCCAUAUUUGGGACCUUGCAAACCGGGUACCGUUAUCGGGUCCAAUCAAAUUCGGCCCAAAGAGGGAUUAUCAUCUUCCCUAAAGCUUCUACUUGUGGUUGGGCUGCUUGUCUGUUCAAUCGUGUUUGCAAUUGCGGCAAUCAUUAAGGCCCGUUCUUUGAAGAAGGCCAGUAAUGCUCGUGCAUGGAAGCUUACUGCAUUCCAGCGCUUAGAUUUCACUUGUGACGACGUUCUAGAUUGCCUCAAGGAGGACAACAUUAUUGGUAAAGGAGGUGCGGGUAUAGUGUACAAGGGACUCAUGCCUAAUGGUGAACAAGUUGCUGUGAAGAGGUUGCCAGUUAUGAGCCGCGGAUCUUCACAUGAUCACGGGUUCAAUGCAGAAAUUCAGACUCUUGGGAGGAUCCGGCACAGACACAUUGUCAGAUUACUGGGUUUCUGCUCAAACCAUGAGACAAAUCUUUUGGUUUAUGAGUACAUGCCAAAUGGGAGCUUAGGUGAAAUGAUCCAUGGCAAGAAAGGUGGGCACUUGCAUUGGGACACAAGGUACAAGAUAGCUGUGGAGGCUGCAAAGGGACUCUGUUAUCUCCAUCACGACUGCUCUCCUUUGAUCCUUCAUCGUGACGUGAAAUCAAACAACAUUCUUCUCGACUCAAACUAUGAAGCUCAUGUUGCUGAUUUCGGACUUGCCAAGUUCAUGCAAGAUUCUGGAACAUCUGAGUGCAUGUCUGCCAUUGCUGGUUCCUAUGGAUACAUAGCACCAGAGUAUGCAUACACACUCAAAGUUGAUGAGAAGAGCGACGUGUACAGCUUUGGGGUUGUGCUGCUGGAACUGAUAUGUGGGAAGAAGCCGGUCGGGGAGUUUGGGGAUGGGGUCGAUAUCGUCCAAUGGGUUAGAAGUCUUACUGGUGGGAAAAAGGAAGAGGUGGUCGCGGUUCUUGAUUCGAGGCUGUCCACCGUUCCCUUACACGAGGCGAUGCAUGUGUUCUAUGUCGCAAUGCUGUGCGUGGAAGAGCAGGCCGUGGAGCGCCCGAAGAUGCGCGAGGUCGUGCAGAUGCUGACCGAGCUGCCCAAACUGCCCGGCAUCAAAGCGGACAAAUCAGCAGUCACCGAUUCACCGCCCCCCGUCGCUGUUCCGAGGGACCCGCUGGCCCCACAGCCACCUCAGUCCCCACCCCCCGACCUUCUCAGCAUCUAAAUUGCUACCCUUCUCUUCUGAGUGUGGACGGAAACAAUGUUCACUUUAAUCUAGAUUGUUAUUGCUGUUGGUUCUUUUAGUUAAUGAAUGAUUUGCUCUAUUUGCUAAGCUAAUGUCAGAAUCCUACGAGUUUAGUUUUUUCUUUUUAAGUUUGGGGGGGAAGGGCUGGGUGAAGUAUAUAACUUCAAGAUUUUAGUGCUCCAGGUUCGUUUUGGGGGGACUAUAGUACGUAUGUAAUGUACAGU